AACACGGCGAGGAGAGCAUCGCUCAUAUUGCGCCUCUCUUACACCAUCGUAUAUUUAUCUCAGGCUUGUCGCUAAUUACCAUCAUUCAUCCUCCAUCUGUGCCAGCGUUUCAGCACUGCAGCAUCCAUCGGUGCGUGGGAACAGCAGGAGUGCCGCAGGACACCGCGCGCGAGACCCGCACCGUCACGCCACAGGACGUCCGUCUGUCUCCCGCUCCCCAAAAUCAACCACAACAUGAGCCGGAGCUUCAGCCCUGUUAUCUGAGGCCGGAGCACACGGCUCUUGACAACCACAGCAUCAGGACUGCCAGACACCGUUUUGUGGACACCGUCACGCGCUGAGGCUGAAUGUCAAAAAGCUCGGUAGAAAGUCAGAGCAGGGGCGGCUCCGUCCGAGACGUGAGGAUGGCCUCUUCCAACAAUACCUCACCCGAAGGAGGCUCUCCGCCCCACCAGAACCGCAUCCGCCAGUCGGACAGUAACACCAGCUUCUUGCGAGCAGCCAGGGCAGGCAACAUUGAAAAGGUGCUGGAGUUCCUCAAGAGCGGACAAGACAUUUCGACAUGCAACCAGAACGGACUCAAUGCGCUUCAUCUCGCAGCCAAAGAGGGUCACGUGGAGCUGGUGGAGGAGCUUCUGGAGAGAGGGGCAGCUGUGGACUCUUCAACCAAGAAAGGAAACACUGCAUUGCACAUCGCUUGUCUUGCUGGGCAGAAAGAAGUCGCAAAGUUGUUGGUGAAAAAAACAGCUGAUGUGAACUCUCAAUCUCAGAAUGGCUUCACUCCACUUUAUAUGGCUGCUCAAGAGAAUCACCUGGAUGUUGUGCGAUAUCUGCUGGAGAAUGGUGGAAACCAGAGCAUGGCCACAGAGGACGGCUUCACUCCUCUGGCCAUUGCUCUCCAGCAGGGUCAUAAUCAGGUGGUUUCUCUGCUUCUUGAACACGACACAAAGGGGAAAGUCCGCCUGCCUGCACUCCACAUCGCUGCCCGCAAGGAUGACACCAAAUCUGCUGCUCUGCUGCUCCAGAAUGACCAUAACGCUGAUGUCCAGUCCAAGAUGAUGGUCAACAGGACUACAGAGAGUGGCUUCACUCCUCUACAUAUUGCUGCUCAUUAUGGGAAUGUAAAUGUGGCCACGCUGCUGCUCAACAGAGGGGCUGCUGUAGACUUCACAGCCAGGAAUGGAAUUACACCUCUCCACGUGGCCUCCAAACGAGGAAACACCAACAUGAUUGCUCUGCUGCUCGACAGGGGAUCUCAGAUUGAUGCCAAGACCAGGGAUGGACUGACACCUCUGCACUGUGCUGCCAGAAGUGGACAUGAUAGCGCUGUGGAAAUACUGCUUGAAAAAGGAGCUCCAAUUCUGGCACGAACCAAGAACGGUCUGUCCCCGCUGCACAUGUCCGCUCAGGGUGAUCACGUCGAGUGUGUGAAACACCUGCUGCAACACAAGGCGCCGGUGGAUGAUGUCACACUUGACUACCUGACCGCCCUUCAUGUGGCCGCACACUGUGGUCACUACAGAGUCACCAAAUUACUGCUGGACAAGAAAGCCAAUCCUAAUGCCAGAGCGCUGAACGGCUUCACUCCUCUACACAUUGCCUGCAAGAAGAACAGAGUGAAAGUCAUGGAGCUGCUGGUUAAAUACGGCGCCUCAAUCCAGGCCAUCACUGAGUCUGGUCUGACCCCAAUCCAUGUUUCAGCAUUUAUGGGACAUCUCAAUAUCGUUCUCCUGCUGCUACAGAAUGGAGCCUCUCCUGACGUCUGUAAUAUUCGUGGUGAGACAGCAUUGCACAUGGCUGCACGAGCAGGACAGAUGGAGGUGGUACGAUGUUUGCUAAGAAACGGCGCUUUGGUGGAUGCCAUGGCCAGAGAGGAUCAGACACCUCUUCACAUUGCUUCUCGUCUGGGUCAGACAGAGAUUGUGCAGUUGUUAUUGCAGCACAUGGCUCACCCUGACGCUUCCACCACUAAUGGAUACACACCUCUGCACAUCUCGGCUCGUGAAGGGCAGGUGGAGACGGCUGCGGUGCUGCUAGAGGCUGGAGCAUCUCACUCGCUUGCCACGAAGAAAGGUUUCACUCCUCUACAUGUUGCUGCUAAGUAUGGAAGCCUGGAUGUGGCAAAACUCCUUCUACAGCGGAGAGCACUUCUUGAUGAUGCUGGAAAGUAUGGCCUCACGCCUCUUCAUGUAGCUGCUCACUAUGAUAACCAGCAGGUGGCGCUGAUGCUCUUGGAUAAAGGUGCCUCACCUCAUGCUACAGCUAAGAAUGGCUACACACCUCUCCACAUUGCAGCAAAGAAGAACCAGACUCAGAUCGCCUCUGCGCUGCUUCAGUAUGGUGCAGAGACCAAUGCACUGACCAAGCAAGGAGUGAGUCCUUUACACCUGGCAUCUCAGGAGGGACACACCGAGAUGGCAUCACUACUGCUGGAGAGAGGAGCACACGUCAACGCUGCAACUAAGAGUGGUCUUACACCUCUUCAUCUCACUGCUCAAGAGGACAGAGUGCAAGCGGCUGAAAUACUGGCCAAACACGACGCAAACAUUGACCAGCAGACCAAAUUGGGCUACACUCCUCUUAUCGUGGCUUGCCACUAUGGAAAUGUCAAAAUGGUUAAUUUCCUUUUGCAAAAUGGCGCUAAUGUUAAUGGAAAAACAAAGAAUGGUUACACACCACUUCAUCAAGCUGCUCAACAGGGAAACACACACAUUGUCAAUGUUCUCCUGCAGCACGGAGCUAAGCCAAAUGCUGUUACCAUGAACGGAAACACUGCACUCUCUAUUGCGAAGCGCCUGGGGUACAUCUCAGUGGUGGACACUCUGAAAGUUGUUACUGAGGAAAUAAUCACAACCACAACUACGGUGACAGAGAAACACAAACUGAACGUUCCAGAGACAAUGACGGAAGUUCUGGAUGUUUCUGAUGAGGAGGGUGAAGACACAAUGACAGGUGAUGGAGGAGAAUAUCUGAGAGCAGAGGACCUGAGAGAGCUUGGGGACGAUUCUCUACCUGGACAUUACCUGGAUGGCAUGAGCUACACUCACAAUCUAGACCGGUCUCAUGAAACCCCCAGUCAUCUUGCUUACAGAGGCGAAGGAAUUCUGAUCGAAGACAUGAUCGCCAGCCACCAGAUUAACAAGGUGUCUGCAUUUCGAGAGCAUGAGAAGGACUCGUAUCGACUGAGCUGGGGUGCUGAACAUCUGGAUAAUGUGGUGCUAACCAGCACUCUUCUGCAGUCAGGCCAGUCUACCCCAUGCCUUGACCAUGACAACAGCAGUUUCCUGGUCAGUUUUAUGGUGGAUGCCCGUGGUGGAGCCAUGCGUGGCUGUCGUCACAAUGGACUACGCAUUAUUGUUCCACCUAGAAAAUGUUCAGCGCCUACACGAGUCACAUGUCGCCUGGUGAAGAGGCACAGACUGGCUUCUAUGCCCCCAAUGGUGGAAGGAGAGGGGCUUGCAGGCAAAGUCAUUGAAGUGGGUCCCACCGGAGCACAGUUUCUUGGUAAACUGCACCUCCCAACAGCCCCUCCUCCUCUAAAUGAGGGUGAAAGUCUUGUCAGCAGAAUUCUGCAGUUGGGUCCACCCGGCACCAAAUUCCUCGGGCCUGUAAUAGUGGAGAUCCCGCACUUUGCUGCAUUGCGUGGGACGGAGAGAGAGUUAGUGAUUCUGCGGAGUGAGACGGGAGAGAGCUGGAGGGAGCAUCACUGUGAACAUACGGAAGAAGAGCUCAAUCAGAUACUCAACGGCAUGGAUGAGGAAUUGGACCCUCCUGAGGAGCUGGAGAAAAAGCGAAUCUGCCGCCUCAUCACACGCGAUUUCCCACAGUACUUUGCAGUAGUGUCCCGUAUUAAGCAGGACAGUCACCUGAUUGGUCCAGAGGGAGGGGUGUUGAGCAGCACACUUGUUCCGCAGGUCCAGGCUGUGUUCCCAGAGGGAGCACUCACUAAACGUAUACGUGUUGGGCUACAGGCCCAGCCAAUCGGUGAGGACCUUGUCAGGAAGAUCCUGGGUAAUAAAGCUACAUUCAGUCCAAUUGUUACACUGGAGCCCAGAAGACGCAAGUUUCACAAGCCCAUCACCAUGACUAUUCCUGUCCCUAAAAGCCCAACCAGUGACGGGACCAACAGUACACCCACUCUACGACUGCUAUGUAGCAUUACUGGUGGGACGACUCCAGCACAGUGGGAGGACAUAACUGGAUCCACACCACUAACAUUCAUCAACCAGUGCGUUUCUUUCACCACCAAUGUGUCAGCAAGGUUUUGGCUAAUAGACUGCCGUCAGAGUCAGGAGUCUGUCAACUUCUCCAGUCAGCUGUAUCGUGAGAUCAUUUGUGUUCCCUAUAUGGCCAAGUUUGUUAUCUUCGCUAAGACAUUGGACCCCAUCGAAGCACGACUCCGCUGCUUCUGUAUGACUGAUGAUAAGAUGGACAAGACACUGGAGCAGCAGGAGAACUUUACUGAGGUGGCCCGUAGUCGAGAUGUUGAGGUACUAGAGGGAAAGCCAAUCUUUGCAGACUGCUUCGGGAAUCUAGUCCCUCUGACUAAAAGUGGACAGCACCAUGUGUUUAGUUUCUAUGCCUUUAAGGAAAACCGUCUUUCUCUCUUUAUCAAAAUUCGUGACAGCACUCAAGAACCGUGUGGUAGAUUGUCUUUUACAAAAGAGCCAAGAACAUAUCGAACUCUAAAUCACAAUGCAAUAUGCAAUCUGAACAUCUGCCUACCUGUCUAUUCAAAGGAUUCUGACUCAGACCAAGAUGCAGAUGAGGAGAGUGAGAAGACACAUGAGAAAUAUUAUGAUGGAUCUGAUUCAACAGAGCUUUCCAUGCUGCAAAUCAUACAUGAUCCUGCUACGCUCGCAAGUCCAGAUCUGCUUUCAGAGGUUUCUGAUAUGAAGCAGGACUUGAUUAAAGUAUCAGUCCUUCUAACCUCUGAAAAGUCAUCCUCCUCUAAUACUGGAAAGCGAUUAAACCAAUCUGGAGAUGAGGAAGUGGAUGAGCCAUUUGAAAUUGUUGAAAAAGUGAAAGAGGACUUGGAGAAGGUUGAAGUGAUCCUCCGGGAGGGAACAGUGGAUGAAAUUAGUGCAAUUGGAAGAUCUGUAACCAUUGAUGAUGAGGAGUGGGUGCUACUCAGUGAGAAGGAUGUUGACGAAUUCAAAAGCAAAAACAUCACUGAAGUCCAAGAGACACUUGUUCAGGAAGUUCGGAUUAUAAGAGACACUUUGUCUAGCUCUUCCCCUAAGAGGGAUAUGACAGGGAUGGUUUCGUAUCUUAGCAAUGACUUAGAACAGUGCCUGCAGGAAAUGCCUGUACCAUCUAGUCAUUCACAUGAUGUGGAUAUUGUUCAAGAAAGCUUUAAAGAGGUUGUUUUGGCCCGUGGUAAGCACCGUCCAGUAGAAAUAAAAAAGCCAGCAAGGAAAAAGCGCAAAGAAAGAGAGUUUGCAAGUGGCAGUUCAGAGGAUGACUUGGAAAGGAUGAGUAGGAGUCAGUCUGAGGAGUCUCUUGAUGAAGAUGCAAUUAUUGGUGGAUCUGAAUAUGUCUUUGGAUCUGUUCCUGUGUCUCCAAAAGUUGUAGAAACUCCCAUUGGUUCCAUUAAGGACAAGGUUAAGGCACUGCAAAAGAAAGUUGAAGAAGAAAAGGUGACAGACAGUCAAAAGUGGAAUUCUCAAAAAGUGAGUAGUUCUCAGAGGACUUCCUAUAUUGCAGAGACUGAAAAAUCAUACCAGUAUCCUCCAAAAUCCCCUAAAUCUCCAAGGUCACAGACAGAAAGGCUUGAGGAAACCAUGUCAGUAAGAGAGCUAAUGAAGGCCUUUCAGACUGGCCAAGAUCCAUCAAAAAGUAAGUCUGGACUUUUUGAGCAUAAAGCAAUUACAACUGUUACCUCUGAAAGUUCUGAUGUGAUGCAGGUUCCCACAGCAUUUGAUAACCAAAUGACAGUAACAACCCAACAUUUACAUGAAAGAAUAUUUACAACUGUAACAUCUGAUGCUUCAGGUUCUGAUGUUGUUCAAGUUCCUGUAGCAUAUGAUGACCAAACAACAACCUCAACCCAAUAUUUACAAGAAAAGGUUGCAGUAGAAAUUGAGAUUUGUCAAGAAUUGUCUACUGACCCAAACACUAUUCUACAUAAACCAGUGAUUAGUGAUGGUGAAUCACUUUCGACAAUGUCCACUCAAAAUAAAGAUGAUCAAGCUGUAACUACCAAGACUAUUUUCUGCUUAGAAGAAGAAAAAGAUUUAGAUGACCUGCUCCCUAAGCUUAAAACUCACCAACAUGAAAAACCAUCUCAGGAACCAGGAAGAUUUGAGACUGAGAAACAUGUUACUUCUGAACUACUUGGAAACAAAGAAAUUGCGAUGCUAUCCUCUGAAAAGCAAAGUUCUGAUGUGAUGCUUAUUGCUCCAACAUAUGAUGGCCAAAUGGCAGUAACAAACAUAAAUGUACAAGAAAGAGACAUUCCAACUGUACGUUCUGAAGCUACAAGUUCUGAUGUAAUACAGGUUCCUACAACAUAUGAUCACCAAAUGAUAGUCCCAUCCCAACAUCUACAAGUAGUAGAAAACAAAUUCCUUCAAGAAUCAUCUAUUGACCCUAACACAGUUCAACAUAAGCCAGUGGUUGGUGAUGGGGACACACUUUUAACAACUAUAAGUAGUUCUUGGUCCAUUCAAAAUAAAGAUGAACAAGUUGUAACUUCCAAAAUUGUCUUGAGCUUUGAAGAGGAACACUCUCCAGAGGACCUUCUAUUUAAGCCUAGAACAAUUGACCAACAUGGAAAACCAUCUAGGGAGCCAGGACGUUUUGAGACUGAGGAACAACAAAUGACUUCUGAACUACUUAGAAAUGAAGACAUGGGGUUGAUACCUGAGAGAAUGUAUUAUGAAGAUAACAUCUACCAGAACAGGAGAUUGUCUGUGGAACCUCAAAUCAGCCCAGACAGGAAACCAUCAGAGGACUUCAGUGCAGAUAUUAAGGCAGAACUUGAAGACAAUCCUGAAUAUCUGCUCUUUAGGCGAACUUCAGGUGGAGCAAGUAAACGUCAUAUGAUGUAUAGCGAUGCUCCUUCUAGUGAUGAAGAGCAGAUACAACAGAUGGCUGUGGAUCCAAGUAAUUCAAACAUAAUCACUGCAUUUGCUACUGCAAUGGUGCAAGGAGAACCUUUACUUAAAAGUGCAGCAGAUGAUGGAGCCUUGUUAGGAAGUCUAGAUGGUGACAAACAUGAAGCCUUGGCAGAGUCUCCUGGUGGUAGCAUAGGCUUGAGAACUCCUCACUCAAGCUCAGGGGACAGUGAGAAACACGAGGGACUUGCUGAAACUCCUCAAAAAAGCCCUGAAAUCCUUGUUUUGUCUUCCAGAACAACUACUAAAGAAACAGAAGACGGAAUACAAGGCAAUCAGGAGACAACUCACAAAACAAAGGUGUUGACAUCACAUGAAAGAACAGAGAUGUGUGAGGAUGAAAAAUUAUAUUCAGUAACUUCCAUAAUAAGCAAAACAGAAUCACCAUCUCCUUAUGAUCCUGAAACUGAAUCACCUUCUCUGUUCACCGAAAGUGAAUUGGCCUCCAUUAAAGAUUCUAAAAUACAUUCUCCUUCCCCAUCCACCAAAACAGAGGCAUUAUCUUUUGCUAAAACAAAUACAUUAAUUCAUGACACAAUUAAAUGUGUGAAAUGGGACAGUGAAGUAUCAGCACAUAAUAUGAAAAGUGAUUCAUCCUGCAUAGACAGUGUGAAGCUGAUAAAAACAGAUGUAAUCAUAGAGUCCGAGAAAAUACUUGAACAAAGCCAAGAUACACCAGACAGGCCUUAUAGUUUGGAUGUUCUGCAGCCUGCAACCAUGAGUGACUUUAAAAUUCUCUGUCGAACAGACUCGCUUGAGACUACUCCUAUCAGAGAAGAUGGGUCAUCCCAAAAAACCCCAGACUCUAUUGAGCCAAGCCCAACCAAAGAGUCCCCCUGUCAAGACUCUUUAGAGGGAAGUCCCACCGGGCAAGAAUCUGGACAAUUAAGUUUUACUGAAAAAGUCUUCUCAACAAGUCAGGCUUUUGUUUCUGACUCUAGGGAAAAUAUAGAUAUUGAAAUUGUUUCUGAACAAGACAUCCAUUUAGACAGUGAGUUAUCUCAAGAGUCCCAUGAGACUCAAGAUAUGCAGUGCCUUUCCAUCACCCUGGACCAAAGAGAAAAGUUACUUGAAAGUGAGGAUCUUCAUGACUUUGAUGCUUUACAAAGGCAAUUCACUCCAGAAGAAGAGAUGUUUAAGAUGGCUGCAAAGAUUAAAACAUUUGAUGAAAUGGAAAAGGAUGCAAAAGUUAAAAAGGUCAAAUUUGAUUUUGAACAACCAAAAGAAGAAAUGCUGUCACCACAUUAUAGUUCACUUGACACAUUGUUAACCAAAGAAUCAGAAGACAAGUACUUGGAGAACCUGAACGAAUCUGGCCCAUUGCAUUCUUCACUGUCAGAUGAUGAUUAUUAUAGUCCUGAGUUGGAUGAGUCCUCUCAUAAGGUCUCCGGACAACCAAGUGAGGUUUUAGAGACCCCAGACAAACAUGAUCAGGACCAUACCCAUUUGAAGUCUGUUGAUCUGCAAGCAUGCACAGAUAUACCAUAUAUGCAAAAACAUGUCGAUAACAAAGAAGAUUAUGAUCAGUUUCAUUCAGAGUACCAAAGUAAAAUGACUGAUGAGACUAAAACUGAGAAGGAGCUCAUUACUACACCAGUAGAGAGCAAAAUGGGAAUUGAGCCAGACAGUGAUGUUGAUUCAGUGUCCCCUGUUAAGAGCACAACAUCUGAAAAAGCAAAUGAACCCAUUUCCCCCAUUGAUAUUGUAGACACUACUGCAGCAAAGGUUGUGCAGGAUGAAUCUCAGCUAUAUUUAUGUGAUUAUGAAGAGGACAAUGAAGAGAAGCCAGAAGAAAUCCCAGGGUCAAGUCCAAGAGACUUAGUUCCCUGGAGUGCUGGAGUAGAGGAUGAUGAGGCAUUUGAUGCACGAAUUGAGGCUGAGGAACAGAAAAUACUUGCCUUCAAUACAGACAGGCAGUCCCAUGGAACCACCCCUGACACAACUCCAGGAAGGUCGCCAACUGAAGAGGGGACGCCAAAUCCUUUUCUCUUUCAAGAGGGAAAACUAUUUGAGAUGACCAGAGGUGGGGCCAUUGACAUGACUAAAAGGACAAUGGAGGAAGAAGAAGAAAGAUUAGCCUUUUUCCCAAUAAAUGAAGAUCCAAGUGAGGAAUUUGAACAAGUCAAUUUUAACAUUAUUGAGUCUGAAGUUGCUUUAUUUGAGUUGACUUCUAAUGAUUCAGUAAAUCAACACACAAUUAAUGAGGAACUUGAAGCCAAGUCUAAUGACCUUAAUAAUACUGGAACCAAGAAUGUUCAACCAGAACACCCAGAACCAAUUGAAUUUUCUAUCCAAAAUGAACCAAGUAGCCCCACAGACAAUAAUGGAGUCCAUGAAGAUACGCUGAUCUCAAAUGUUGAUACCACCACUUACACAGUAACACAAACAAUUCAUUCUGAGCAAGACUUGGAAUCCUCAGAUUCUUCAGUGGAUGAUGAACAUAUUUCUGUUGUUGAAAUGCCUAUAUCCACCCAAGUAUCUACAAUUUCCUCCAGUGCCUCAGUUCACACUGUUCGUGAAGAUCAGUUUCAGACAUCAUCUUUAAUGUCCACUUCAUUCAAGGAUAUUGCAGCUGAAAAUGAAGACACAACAUCUAAACCAAAAAUAGCUGUGAAAGCAGCAAGCUUUGACCAAAUUUUAGAACCAGGAGACUCAAUUGAGCAGAACCUAAGGCCUAAAUCUGAGGCAGAUACUGGUGACUCUGAAUGGUCCAUGUCUGUUGCAGAAGAUCCGAUUAACAUAGACACUAUCUACACCAUACCAAAGACUUCUUUCUCCCAAAUGCCUGUUUCACCAACACAGACUCCUCCACCAUAUACUGUAUCUAGUCAACCUAAACUUCCUGCCGAAUUCUUUCAGAAUCUGGACUCAAAUAACACCAAGUGCGAUGAAACCAAAAGAGACAAAGCCUCUACCGACUUAGGUAUAGAUAGUAGUUUGAAAGCAAUUCGACCCCCGUCUGUAGGCGAUGAUGUCUUUGAGGCAAGACCCAAUUGGGAGGAUUGUGUGGAGACACAGAUGCAGAGAAUCUCAGACAGCACUACCCCAGACCAAAGUAAAGUGGACUGGCAUGAAGAUGCAGAUAGGAAAGAAGAGACUUUGGCCAUCAUUGCAGACCUUUUAGGAUUUAGCUGGACAGAGCUGGCCAAAGAGUUGGAGUUUAAUGAAGAUGAGAUUCAGCAUGUGCGUGCUGAAAACCCAAAUUCACUGCAAGAGCAGUCUCAUGCACUCUUACAGCGCUGGGUAGAAAGAGAAGGGAAGCAUGCAACUGAAGACACAUUGAUUAAAAGACUUACUAAAAUAAAUCGCAUGGACAUUGUUCAUCUUAUUGAGAUUCAAAUGCACAAGUCAAUUCAGGAACAAACCUCAAGAACAUAUGCAGAGAUUGAAAGAACCCUGGACCACAGUGAAGCACUCUCCUCAGUCCAAGAGGAUGUUGACAGUCUUCGGGUGGUGCGGAGAGUGGAGACCUCUCAAAGGCAUCCUCCAGCUGUGUCAGAAGAAGACUUAUCUGUGGCCUCUCUCCUUGACAUUCCUUCAUGGGCUGAAACAAUGGGAAACACCCAUUCAGAGAGCAUUCAUGGGGAUCUUAUGGAGGAACUGGAGAUCAACCAGGACAGCUUUACUAAUCCAUGGAUGUUUCAUGAGAUCAAGACAGAAUCCGCAAAGGAAGUAGAAGAUGAAGAAGUUUCAACAGCAUCUGAGGAGGAAAAUCAAGCUCAGGUUGACCUUUCAGACCAUAAAAAUGCUUGUCUCUCGUCAUCACAAGUCAGUUUGAAAAGUCAGUCUGAUGACCACCAACAAUCAACAACGACAUCUCAAAAUGUCUUUGAUUUCAGCCAGGUAUCUAUUGCAAGAUUUUCAUCUAGUGAAAAUUCAGUUUUGUCAACAGCUGAACCUGGACAAGCAGUACCUGACCUACUGCAACACACUUCACCAGUGACACUAGAGGAUGAAACACAGCUCCAAGAACCAAUGUAUCAAGAUGAAAGUUCUGCUUGUGUUGAUCAAGUUUCACCUGUAUAUGAAAAAAGCGAUUUAGAAAGCAGUGAAAAAUCAUUAGAUGCACAACUAUUUGAAUUAAAUGGAUCUUCAGACACCAUGCAGUCCCUUUUAUGGCGCGAAAAUAAACCAUCUAAAGCUGAUGAACUGAUUCCUGAGAACAACCAAAUACUAGGCCAAAAUAUUAGUCCUUCAAUUCCCCCUGAUGCAGUUGAAAGGGAGGCUGAUGAAGUUCUCUCACGCAGUGAUGAAGUAAAUCCAGUGGUUUCAAGUGUGACUCCAGACCUCAUUAAGGGCUCUCCAGAUUCAGAUCAGGUAUUUUUUACUCCUGAUAAGUUUAUUGAUUUGAAUCCAGUGUCAUCAAUGCAAAGCAACAUAGUAGUAGAGCAAAGUUUUGUUCAGUCCCCUCCUGCAGCUGGCUCAGCAUCACUGGAGUCACCUAUCUAUGAUGACAUCACAGUUUUAAAUCAAAAACAAUCGGAUACCAACACCUUAUCACAGGAACUUUCAGAGCCUGAUGUUGAUACUAGGAAAGAACAGCAAACUUGUGCUCAUGAACAGGAGCCAUAUCUGCAGUCAUUAGAGUCUCCAGAGCAAAAACCAGAAGCCUUAGGAGACCAUUGUAAUGUCCAAGAAGAUAGAUAUUGUCCUGGUAAAGCAAGAACACAAUUAGAUUCAACCACUGAUGCUUUUAUUGAUGACUGUCAGGAUUUUAAGAAUGAACUGUUGUCCCAAUCUGAGACUGACCAAGACACAUGGAUUGAAAGGGGAACUGCACAGCUGAGGGAAACCUCUCCUUUCUGCUCUGACCUCAGUCAACAACCAGAAGCAUUUAUGUCUUGUCAACAUUUUGACUUCAGGGAAAUGUCUUCAGAACUUGGAACAGAAACCAAUAAGCAACCAGUUUCACAUGAAAUAAUGGCAGCCAGAGAAAUAAAACGACCACAGUCUGAAUCAUUACUCUCUGGUGCAACCCAGCAGAAAAAGCAUACUGAACACUGUCUCUCUGAGUCAUCUGAACCCUUGGUACUCAAUCUAAAGAUUAAUUCAGCACUUGAGAAAGCGGUUUCACAAGAGGAAAUACAAGCUUUACCGUUGUCUCGGGAUGGCAGUGACAAGGCUUUACCUUCCAAAGAGUCUAAACGUCUACUCUCAGACUCAGUUUUGUCUUGCGCAAAAUCCCAAAAAUCACAGGAAAAACAUUCUGCCCGUUGUCUCUCUGAUUCUUCUGAAACUUUGAUGCUUGAUGAACUUAAGAAAACUGAUCAUACAGUCAUCUCAGAGUUGAGUGUUUCAAAUCUCACUGCAAGAUCCCAAGAUACAUUCACAGGGGAACAACAAUCAGUGGUUGAAGAAACAUUAGUGGAGUCACCUAAAUCCCAGAUUGAUCUGAGUGAACAUGCACAGUUUUCUCAAUCUGAGACUGGCCCAGACAUGUGGAUUCAAAGGGAAACUACACAGAUGAGUGAAACUUCUUCUUUGUGUAGCUCUGACCUCAGUCCACAAACACCAGAAACAGUCAUAACUUGUCAACAUUUUGACUUCAGGGAAAAGUGGUCUGAACUUGAAUCAACAGGUGCUAUAAAGUCUGAUUCCAAGGGGGCAGUGGAAUCCAAAGGUUUAAGACGACCUCAGUCUGAAUCGAUCAUCUCUGGAGCAACCCAACAGUCAGAAGAAAAGCAUACUGACCGCUGUUUCUCUGAGUCCUCUGAACCCUUGGUAGUCUCUCUGAACAUAGAUCCGGCACUUGAGAAAGCUGUUUCCCAUGAGGCCAUACUUGCUUUGCCACUGUCUCAAGAUGGCAAGGUCUUACCUUUAAAAGAUUCCCAACGACUACUGUCAGACUCAGUUAUGCAUGGUUCAAUAUCCCAAAAAAACGAAGUAAAUAAUUCUGGACCUUGUCUCUCUGACUCGUCUGAGGACUUAGCUUUUAACAUGAGUUCAGCACCUGAGGAAAUUAAGAAAGCAGUUCAACCAGAACAACCAAUAUCUGAUCAAACAGUCAACAAUGAGGUGAGUGUUUCUUCAGUUACUGCAGUAACCCAAGACAUGUUCAUUGGGGAACAACAAUUAGCAGUAAAAGAAACAUCACCGGACUCACCUAAAUUUCAGACUUAUCUGAGUGAACAUGAUGACUUAAAAGCCAGUGAGAUGCCAAAAGCUGAAAAACCAAAGCUUGUUGGUGUAAUAAGUACUGACCAACAACAUGAAGACUCAGAUCUUGAGAGUUUUUUUGACUGCAAACAGACCAUCUCAGAUUAUUCUGAAGCAGAAGAUGAUGAACAUUGGAAAGGCACAAUGACACUUAAUGAUCAAUUCUUAACAUCAACCAUUCAUGAGCUACAAAACACAAAUGUCAGAAGUCCCUCAACCCUUCUAGAGCCUGACGAGAGCCCUUGUUGGUCAGUCCAGUCAUCAGAUAGUGAAGAUUUUGAGGACUCUCAGAUCAUCCAUGAACCCAGUGAUGAGGCUAAAGUGAGAGACUUUUCAAGCAAGGAUAGUCUUAAAACUUCAGCACAAACUCCUCAAGAGCUUCCUCCUAGAGGAGGGGCUGAGUAUAAUAAUGAUGAUGAUCUAAGGAGGGAGAUUGAGGAUGCAUUAGGUAUGCUGUCGGAUAGCUCUGAUGAGGAUGUGCUGACCACCAGAAUAGUGCGAAGGAGAGUAAUUAUUCAGGGUGAUGAUGUUCCAGAUAUUCCUCCACAGUCAGUAACAGAAGAGCAAUACACAGACGCUCAAGGCAACUUGGUUGUGAAAAAGGUGACCAGGAAGGUGAUUAGACGAUGUGUGUCGUCUGAUGGGGUGGAGACAGAGCAGGUGAGGGUGGAGGGCUCUGCUCAGCAGCCUGUCCAUGUGGCUCUGGGGGACGGUUACUCCAAAGUAAUAAAGAGGACAGUACUGAAGAGCGAAGGACAUGAAACAGAGGUGACUUUCGAUGAGAAAGACAGCAUUUCGGCUUCAAGGGGGGAGUCUGCUGCUGGUCAAGAAGUCAGACAGAUGGUCCAGACAACGGUGGUACAUGGAGAGCAGUUGGAAAAGCAUGAGGGGAAUCCAUUCCUUGCCAGAGACCUGCCCUCUGCUCGGGAUGACUUCACCCAGGCUCUAAGCUACUUUGGAGGUUUUAGGAAGGUGCAGAUCCCUCGAGUUGUAGAGCAGGAUAUACUGCAGCCUAAUGGAUCUGUGAUCAGGAGGACGAGGAUGCAGAAGUCUAGAACCCACAGGAGGUCAGCAAUGAGGGAUGCUGGGGGACAGAAGCGGGUCUGUGUGGAGCGGAUAGACGAUCGGUCUGAGCCCCAUGACAACCUACAGCAUCACCUCCAUCACCUCAUUCACCGUUACUGUGCCCAAAACGACUGAGAGGAAAGAAGUGCGAGUUUAUUAAAGGGUGCGAUGCUUUCCCACUUCAUUUUCCUCUCCAGACCUCCAUCGCUCCUCUCUUUGAGCCUGUCCUAACCACUCCUAUGCACCACGCUCAUGCAAUCCCAGAGUGCACUUCACUCCUGCCACUUCCAGUCUUCCUGUCCAGUCAAUCUGGAUGUUUGCCCGGUUUAAGACUAUUUUAUCAAUCCUAACUCUCCGACAAGUGUUGUUUCCGUCUUUCAUAGUGACCAAAGGGUAUUCUUUCCUUUCCUUUGCUUUUUAACUCCCUCGGUUAUUGAAAUAACGAACACAGCACCGAAAAUAAAUCACAAUAACCAAAAUGUUUUUAUUAAAAAAAUUAAGAAAAAUACUUUGAACAUUUAAGCUUGAACUAACAGAACCUGUACUGCACUGCCUAUCACGACUAUUGAAUAUCAUUGCAUUAUAUCGCCACAUCAUGCCAUGCUCUUUUGAUCUCAACGGUUGAGAUGUCUGAACUUCUUGCCUUCUUUAUCAGCUGUUGGGGUAUCGUGUGUCUGUGUAUUCUGUCCAUGGAGAGUAUAUAAUAUGCAUUUUUAAAAUGACAGUAGAUCACAUUAGUCACCUCUAAAAGGAUAUUAGCAGGCAUGCUUAGCUAGCCGCAGUCACUUACUGUAUUGAAAAAAAAACUUUCUAUGGUUAGACGACUGUCAUUUUUCUGUCUUUUUUGUCUCACCCUUCUUGUGUCUGUGAUCUGUAGCGAUUCUAGUCUUCAUCGACAUCAUCUCUAGAGUUUACACAUGUCAGUACAGCUUUGUUUGUAAUAAAACACACGCUUCGGUUUUCAAGUUACUUUUGUAGUAAUUUGGCGAGUAUUUCAAGAGGGACUCAGGAAGCAAAGGUGGAAUCAAAAUCAAAUGAUCGGUUAAACUUAUAACUCUAUUUUAAACGCGUUGAGUGUGUGUGAAAACAGAAAUGUGAUUUAAAAAAAGUAUAUUAUUUUUGUUUUGUACAUAUUGCUAUCAAUUUGCGGCAAGGAAUCUUGCUCUGAGGUAUUUGAAUGACUUGAAUUAUGUUAUUGAUUUGGGAAGUGAGCAUUAAGGAUGUGUGUGUGCGUUUUUUUUUUUUAACAGAAACUUUUAUUUUGAUGUAUUUUAUUUAUAUACUUUAUCUGUGUCACGAAACAAGUGCAGCAGAGUGCAAAUGAUUAAUAUUAUUUAGGAUUCACCAAAUCACUGUUGGCUUCUGUUGAGACUGCUGGGAAAGAGCGUGCCAUGUGAUGUUCUAAUUACUUUUGUGGGGGUAUUUAAUGCAGCUGUGUUAGCAGAGGUUGUAGUUUUUUUUUGGUGCUGAUCUGAGACCAGCUCUGCUGUUCCCCUAUCUCUUAUAAUAAUUUGGCUUUGGGAAGCUGGUCCUGGAACAGCAUUAAAAGUCAUCCUCUAACCAGAGCAAUGUCAUUAAGUUGAACACUUCUACUACUUUCACUGUGACUGGCCCACGUUUGAUUUACUGAAUCCGCAUUCUAUGUCUGUGGAGAUAAGAAUAUGCAUAUAAAUAUAUAUAGUAUAUAAAUAUCUAUCCAUAAAGGCAUGUAUUAGUUUACUAUAUGACUUUUAAAAAAGACAUUUAAACACUAUACCAUUGGCUGCAGUGUGUGUUUAUGGCUGAACGAGAAUAAAAGUGUAUAAGUGUCAUAAA